GAUGCCUUCUACAAGCUUUGCACCGAGGAGUUCAAGAAGAACCAUUCGGCCACCAUGGAGUACACCACCUUGUUCCAUGGCGCCCAUGAACAGUGUGACUGCUUCAUGCAGCUUGAGGAAGUCCGUGCAGCGAUGAAGCCUGCCUCCUAG